AUGAAAUUACUGUUCGAUGAAUUCUUUUGCGGCAAGUUUUAUGCGGUCAGCGGUCAAUCCAUUCGCAAUAUUUUUAUGAUUAUUUGCUUGUGCUUCUUCCACAUAUCAAUUGGUGACAUUAGUCCGUUACAUCCCACCAUGACUCAAAUUACCUUGCAAACAUUUAACUGUGUUCAUGAAUCUAAUGCAUGA